AUGUCUUCCGGGAACAAGCAAACUCAAAAACCUAGCAACGAGACCAUCAGCAGUCUUAGCCCAGGAAACCUGAGCCAAAUCCCCGAUGACACCAGCGGAAGUAUGGUGGAGCGUUUCAAGCAAGCACCAGCUGCAGAUGAGCCCUAUUUUGCCCAGGCUCGGAUGCAGGAUCGAUCCCAGCACAUUUCGCGCCUUUCGAGCCAGCUCGAAGAGGCGGAAAAGGCUCUUCGGAAAUCAUGA